UGUGGCAACAGACGUUAUAUUAGAAAGUUAUAAAAACGAAAUGCACGAGACUCACCAAACCACUAUUCUGAGAAUGCAGUUAAAAAGUGUUGUAAUAAAUUUUGUAUCAUGUGCGAUUAUAUUUUCGUUGAUGACUUAUGGAUAUGCCUUGACAUGCAACACGUGUAACGAUCGGGAUUGCGAUUCCGGUGGAAUCGAGUUCAACUGUACAGCCGACAUGAUCCUGGAAACGCACCAAUUACUAGUCGCGUUGAACCCUUCGUUGGAUAGCGUUGCUCCGUCAACGAGUGCAGAAUACGCCUGUUUCCGACUAACUGCGGCCGUGUUUGUGGACACGGGAUUUUCAAUUCCCUUUGUCGAACAUGGCUGCACUUUCCAACAGACUGCAUUUUGCGACGGUUGGGAAAGCGACGUGGUGGUCAACGAGUGCCAUGUUUGUCACACUGAUCGUUGUAAUGUGGUGGAGCCUCCGAAGCCGACCACCACCGAGGGAGCUGUGUCACCAGAAGCGCCCAAUCCCAGUGGCACAGGGGCCGGUGCAGAUCUCGUCAGUGAUUUUCGCAAUCGGCUAGUGGUCGGAAUAUUGAUUCUAUCACUUUUGUUGACAUAGAAGAUUGACGUAGAUAAUAAAUGAUUAUCAACCGUG